AUCUUUCUUAUUCUAGAUUUUUCCUAAUGAAAGGAUUUAAAGAGUGUUCUUGAGAUCGCUAAAAUUUUAUGACUAUUUUAGAUAUUUCAGAUGUAAAAAUCUUACCAGGCAGUAUGUUGAGGGUAGUAACUGGGCAAAGCAAUGUCUGGAUCUAUUGUUACACUGAGAAUCCAGAAGAUCUUGCUGAGUACAGCUGGACUAAGAUCAAUUCUAACAGUUCCUCCAUAGUGUCCACUGGUCAAGUUUACGUUAUACAGACCGCCACCAUUGAGGAUGGGGGUACAUAUAUCUGUACAGCUUCAAACUCUGUGGGGAACUCCAGCGGUUCUGUUGAUAUUUCUGUACAAUAUAAACCACUUGCGCCGGUAUUGGUACAUGUUGAUUGUAGGUCUACAGAAGCGUACGUUAUAUGGACGUCGCCUUCCACAAACUCUAUUAAUAACGUCCACCAUAGUCUUCAGCUCAGCGAAAACAAAAAUGUUUUUCUAAAUGCAUCUUUUGAAAAAAUGAAUAGAACAAAUGAUAUAGAAAUAAACACGUAUAAAGUUACCAACCUGAAGCCUGGAUCGGUAUAUAUAUUUAGAGUUUUGAGCUCAAACCACAACGGCAUCGCUCUGUCCAAUAACCACUCAUGUGGAACUGACCCAGAAAGGAUGGAGGACACAAAUAAAGGAUGUCCUACAGAACAGAUAAUUGGAGGAACACUAGGUGGCGCUGUUCUUACAAUUUUCUCGGUGGUUGUUGCCUAUGCUUUAUGCAAAUACAGAAAAGAAAGGAAAAAUGAAGACAAAAACAAAGAGACCAUGGACAGUGAACAAAGAAAAAACGUGAUUAUCUCCCGUGAAGAUCACCAUUACCUGGGAAUUUCAAAUACAGAAACAACUGAUACAAAUGUUUAUGAAAAGAUAAAAGACUCUAAUAAAGCAGAAAAUAGAGUGCAAUACCUGGAAUUAAUUGAUGUGCCAGAGGUCGAUAAGAAGAAUGACAGAGAUAAAACUCAGGGUAAUGAAAGUGGUUACUCCAACAUUACAUAAUCUGAAAGAAGAAUCAAAAGGAGAAAACUGUCUAAAAAAACUUUUAUAAUCGAAAGCCUCUCAAAAAAUAGCAGUGAUUUUUCUUUAUUAAUGUGUAGGCUAUGACGACUGGGAUUUCGAAAGUAACUCGUAAACUUAGUAACCUGGUUAUUGGUCAUUUACAAAAUUAUUCUGUUAAAGCACAUUCUGAUUGCACACACAAGUACUCUGAAGUUGACAUCAAAAAUACUUGAGUUUUUGAUUGAAAAUAUCUAU